AUGACGCCCAAUUCACUCGCCGCCGGCGGCGGCAACGUUACUCUGCAGGCUAUUUGCCACGAGGACGGGUCUCUCGAGCUCCUUGAUCAGGUCGGUCUCUUCAGCUUCACUUCUUCCACAGCUUCUGCUCAGCAACACUACGACACGUCGGAUUGCGCUGCGCCGAAUUCCACCUCUCCUGGUUCCAGAUACACCUGCAACACAACGUCAAGUAGCAAUAGUUCUUGCAGCACAUUUCUGAUCUUCAGGGCUACCUGGCAAUUCAGAACCUUGGCGAGCAUCUCAGAGUUGUUAAACAGCAGCGUCGACUCGAUGCAGCAUCUGAAUGGAGGAGUUGCAUCAUCAAUGGAGGUUCUUGAUCCGGGCAGGGAAGUUUUUGUUCCUGUACAGUGCUCAUGUUCUGGACAGUACUUUCAGACGGAGUUGGUGACCUACACAGCUCCUUUGAACAACACCAGUGUAGCAGAUGUGGCGUGUUCGGUGUUCGAGAGCUUGGUGGCAUAUAGUACAAUCAUGGAGGUAAAUGGUUUCGACACGGAUCAAGUGGUAGCUGGCACUGCCAUUCAUCUGCCUCUCAAAUGUGCUUGUCCUGAUCAUCGUGAUGACAAUUCGACCAAUGGAGGAUUGAACUACCUUGCUACUUAUCCUGUGUUUGAAGGUGACGUGCUGCGUGAAAUCGAUGACAAAUUCGGGAUUUCAGGCGAGGAUUUGUUCAGAAUCAAUGGCCUCGAUCCUUGGACUACGAUCUACCCCAACACGACCCUGUUGAUCCCUUUGAAAGAAAUCUCGGUGAGAGUCAACAUGACUAGUCACGUUGCUUCUCCACCUCCACCAGCUCCAGUCUUUCUCCCCACGAUCAUCGUCGAGAGGCGUUCAUCGAGAAACAAUUUGAGGUUAAUGAGAAGCUUCUACAUCACAGGAUCGGUUAUUGUGUUUUUCAUUUCAGUCGCUGCAAUGUUUGCUUUCGGUAUGCACAUGAAUGGUAGGAGGAAAGAGAAGAUCCAGAAGCUGCUUUCAUUCAACACCAGCAUAUCUCAUCUAACUUGCUCCACACCGAAAAGCUCAGCCACGGGUUUAACUCCAUGUUUGUCACCUGAUCUUCUAGUUGGGAUCAAGUACUCGUUGAGAAGUUACAGCACAGAUGAGCUGAGGAUAGCAACGAAGGAUUUCAGCGACGAGAACAAGAUUGGAGAUGAGGGUUAUAAAGGGUUGAUCGAUGAUGUUGAAGUGAUGGUGAAGCCAUUGCUGUUUGACGACACGAGGCAAGUGGUUGAUAUUCAUUCUAGGAUCAACCACAUCAACAUUGUUGCGUUGCUUGGUGUGUGUUAUGAUCAUGGAGACGACUCUUGCAUUGUUCUCGAGCUUCCUAGCUAUGGCUGCUUGAGAAAUUGUCUAGCGGAUCCAUCGAGCCACGUUCGGUGGAAUAGAAGAACGCAGAUGGCAUUCGAUGUAGCUACAGGACUUCACUACCUUCACUACUGCAUUUUCCCUUCGUAUGCCCAUAUGAGUGUGAACACUAGGAACAUUUUUGUGACAUCGAAUUGGAGGGCAAAGCUCACAAAUAUCAGGACCAACCCCAGCAGUGGCCAAAGUCCUAGUCACAAAGGGUGGUUGGCUCCUGAGUACAACGGGUCAGCUUCUGAUAAAGUUGACAUCUUUGCAUUUGGGGUGGUCCUACUUGAACUGAUAUCAGGAAGGGAGGAUACCGAUGGAACUUCAUUCAAGGAAUCACUUGGCUUCCUUGGAGGUGGAGCUGGCGAAGGGGGAUGUUUUGAACAGCUGAGGAGCUUCGUCGAUCCAUGUCUAGAAGGAAACUAUCCGCUUGCGGAGGCUCUAUGUCUAUCUGUUUUAGCAAAGGCAUGUGUGGAGGAUGACCCUUUGCAUCGGCCUUCCAUGGAUGAUAUCCUCAAAGUUCUCGUCAGGAUGGUGUGAAAUGCACCCCAGCUGCAAGGAAAAACCUACAGAAACCCCUUUUAGAGCCAUCUGGAGUUCUUUAUGAGAAGGUGGACUCUUUUGACUGAAUUAACAGUAUGGAUGAUGGAAAUGCAAGAACUGGAUCUUCUCCACACUGCUUUCACCUGGAACUCUGCUUUCUUCCGAUAGAUUGCACCAGCUAUCAAUGGUCUCAUCUUAGGCAUGUCCUUAUCAGCAGCUGCAGUUGGUCUUAUGUGGAGGUUUUGGGGCAGUUGGAUUAGUUUGGUUCGAGCUAGAUUUUGGUUAUAGAUCGAUCACAUCAGCUUGUUAGCUUGUGAGGGAGUAUUGGAGGGGGGAAAAAGCUUGUUAAGGAGCCUAUGUAACAUUUUUUCAAUAUUAAUUUGGAUGAAGAGAUACACUUUAAUGCUUACUUGUCCAGUUUGAACGUUUUGUUAAUUUUGUUGGAUGGUACAAGAUUAACAGACAAAUUUUGUUGUAAUAUUGAAAGUUUUGGUGACUGUUAUGUUAUUGAACCAAAAGUUGUUGGA